UCCUCUUCUCUCUUCUCUCCGCUCCACCCACUCCUGCUCUGCUCCCGCCGAUCUGCCCUUGGCAUGCGUGCGUGUUUUUCUGCUACGGGUUUGAGAACGGAGAUCCGCGAGAGAUUGAGGAGAGGGACGGGGGCGUCGGGGGCGGGGGGCGGCGGCGUCGUGGAGGAGGGGGAGGGAUGGACGGCCACGGCGCGGGAGCGGGAGCAACAGCCGGCGGGGGCAGGCUGACGCGGACGCCGUCGUCGCUGCUGCGCUCGCCCACGGUGCGCAACUGCUCCUCGUUCCAGGCGGUGGUGGUCGAGGACCCGGAGCCCGACAACAAGAAGGCUCAGGCGCAGGCCAAGGCCCCGCCCCACCUCCACCCGGGCGGCCCUGCCCACCCGCUCCUCGUCCUCGCGCUCCCGCUCGCCUUCCUGCUCCUGCUCCUCCUCCUCCUGCUCCGCGGCGGCGACCACCACCUCGCCCUCCUUGCGGCGUCCGCGGCCGCUGCGCUCGGCGCCGCGGCGGCGGCCGCGCGGCUGCUCCGGGGACGCCUGCGGCUGCACCGCUCCUUGGGGUCCGGGUCCGUGCAGUGGUUCAUCGGCGACGAGGACGACAAGCCGCAGAAGCGGGACAAGGGCAAGGGCGGCGGCGCCGCGCACGGCCGCGUCGUGCGGGAGGGCGUCGAGUUCUACAGCAAUGGGGACUGCUACGAGGGGGAGUUCCACAAGGGGCGCUGCAACGGCAGCGGCGUGUACAACUUCUUCGGCAAGGGAAAGUACGAGGGGGACUGGGUCGACGGCAAGUACGACGGCUACGGCAUCGAGAGCUGGGCGCGCGGCAGCCGGUACCGCGGCCAGUAUCGCCAGGGCCUCCGCCACGGCCACGGCGUCUACCGCUUCUACAGCGGCGACUGCUACGCAGGCGAGUGGGCCGGUGGCCAGAGCCACGGCAUCGGCGCUCAGACCUGCUCCGAUGGAAGCUCCUACGUCGGAGAAUUCAAGUGCGGCGUCAAGCACGGCCUCGGGAGCUACCACUUUAGAAAUGGUGAUCGGUAUGCGGGUGAGUACUUUGGGGACAAGAUCCACGGGUUUGGUGUUUAUAGCUUUGCCAAUGGCCAUUGCUACGAAGGCUCCUGGCACGAGGGCAAGAAGCAGGGGUUUGGGAUGUACACGUUCCGGAAUGGCGACAAGCGAUCAGGGGACUGGGAUUCUGGGACUCUCAAUACCCCCCUGCCUCCGUCUGAUCCUGCUGUUCAGCGUGCCGUACAGGCUGCUCAGCGGGCUGCAGAGAAUGCCUUUCGCCUGCCGAGAGUGGAUGAGCAGGUGCACAAGGCGGUCAUGGCCGCGAACAGGGCAGCCACGGCUGCUCGGGUAGCGGCGAUCAAGGCAGUCCAGAACAGGAUGGAUGGGAAAUUUUGUGAUACCUAUGUGUGAAUUGUGUUCAAGAAACCUUGGUUUUUUUUCUUCUAACUGUACAUUAGGCUAGCGAAGUACAAUAACUAAUCAGUGAGGUCCAGACGACCGGGGCAGCACAACUGCUUGUUCCGAGUCAGCGUUCAGCAACCGGAGAGUGGAGUUGGCAAUCUUCGUUUGCGAAAACGGCUCAGAUUUGCAACAUCUCAAUCGCUAUUGGCGGUCCCCUUCUCCUUCCUUGCAAGCUGUAAUUGUACAUAGAUCCAAGUGUAUCAAUGGAAGAGUGAGUUUUUCCAAUU